AUGACAGAGAUGCUUAAGGAACUCAAGAAGCUUAUAAACCUUCCACCAUCAGGAUGCGAUAUGCCUCUAUAUUCGUGGUUGUGUUGGUUCAUUUGGAUAGCCCGAAAAAAAUUUAUUUUUGGAGAUAAAGUGUUCUCGGCCCAAGAUAUUGUGGUUAAGGCCAUUUACGAAGCCAAACAAUGGCGAGCAGCUCAGCUCCUACUCCCAAAACAGAGAUGUGGUCAGCCUACACCGGACACUCAAGCUAAGAUACGUGAGGGAGUCCUUUGUUUUGUUGACGCAGCUUGGAAGUCCCUUGUUUGUGGUUUAGGGUGCAUUUUCCAAAAGCCUUUUGACACUUCUACUGAGGCUUGUACGGGAUGUCGUCGGGGCGUCCCCUCAGCCAUGGCGGCUGAAGCAUGGGCGAUUAGGCUCGGGCUUGAACAAGCUGCAUCGCGUGGAAUUACAAAAGUCCAUUUAAUAUCCGCCUGCAAAGGACUAAUAUAG